UAAUGAACGAAAAAGUGAACUCAUCGUCGUUUCCUUUUUAUCAUCAUCUGUAGAUCCCCUAUCUCUCCGAUAAACACACUUUCAAACACCAGGGACAAAAAAAGCUUCUGUUUUCUAAAGGAGAAAAAUAUUAAUUCUUUAAUUUUUUUUUUCCUUUUUGAUUUUCAAUUCAAUUUUAUCCAGCUUCAAAUGGUUUAAGGAGAGAUUUAAAAUCCUACACUCUGGCUGGGGGGGAAAGGAGAGAAAGAGAGAGAUAGGCUUUACUCCUCAAUGGGUCUUUGCACUUCCAAGCCCUCCCCAAACCCUUCGUUUCCUCCUAAAUCUGACUCCAGAAAUACCCCUAUUCAUCCCCGGAAUAACGAUAUCCACCGUAAGUCUAACUCUAUUCCAGCUUCGCCCUUGCCAGAUUCAGUAAACGGUAACCAAAACCGGAACCCUAAGGAAGAUCAAGGUAAAGACGAUGAAGAGAAGGGAAGCUCAAAUUCCAACAAUGAAGGCAAGAAAUCUCCGUUUUUCCCGUUUUAUAGUCCGAGUCCAGCUAACUACUUGUUCUCCAAGAAGUCUCCGGCGAGAUCUUCGGCCAAUUCGACUCCGAAGCGGUUUUUCAGGAGGCCGUUCCCUCCACCGUCGCCGGCGAAGCAUAUUAGGGCGGUGCUUGCUCGGCGGCACGGGUCUGUGAAACCGAAUGAGGCUGCGAUUCCGGAAGGAAGCGAGGCGGAGGCGGCUGCCGCGGCAGGAGCUGGCGGUACUGGACUGGAUAAGAGCUUCGGGUUCUCGAAGCACUUCGGGAGCAAAUAUGAGCUUGGAGACGAGGUCGGGAGAGGCCAUUUCGGUUAUACUUGUGCGGCGAAGUUCAAGAAAGGAGAGUUUAAAGGACAGCAAGUUGCCGUUAAAGUUAUACCUAAAGCGAAGAUGACCACAGCAAUUGCAAUUGAAGAUGUUAGAAGGGAGGUAAAAAUAUUAAGAGCUCUGUCUGGACAUAACAAUCUCGUACAGUUCUAUGAUGCGUAUGAGGACCAUGAUAACGUCUACAUAGUCAUGGAAUUAUGUGAAGGAGGGGAGCUCUUGGACAGGAUACUUUCAAGGGGUGGAAAAUACGCGGAGGAUGAUGCAAAAGCUGUGAUGAUUCAGAUACUUAAUGUCGUUGCCUUUUGCCAUCUCCAGGGUGUUGUGCACCGGGAUCUUAAACCUGAGAAUUUCUUGUUUACGUCAAAGGAUGAAAAUUCGCAAUUGAAGGCAAUAGACUUUGGCUUGUCAGAUUUUGUGAAACCAGAUGAAAGGCUUAAUGAUAUUGUUGGUAGCGCAUACUAUGUUGCACCAGAAGUUCUACAUAGGUCUUACAGUACAGAAGCAGAUGUCUGGAGUAUAGGUGUGAUUGCAUAUAUUCUGUUGUGUGGUAGUCGUCCAUUUUGGGCCCGAACAGAAUCUGGGAUUUUUCGAGCUGUUUUAAAAGCUGAUCCAAGUUUUGAUGAAGCACCUUGGCCAUCACUAUCUUCUGAGGCUAGGGAUUUUGUGAAGCGCAUACUGAAUAAGGACCCAAGGAAAAGAUUGACCGCAGCCCAAGCCUUGAGUCAUCCCUGGAUAAAAAAUUAUAGUGACGUGAAAGUGCCCUUAGAUAUAUUGAUAUUCAAACUCAUGAAGGCUUACCUGCGCUCUUCAUCUCUUCGGAAAGCUGCUUUAAGGGCUCUGUCUAAAACAUUGACCGUGGAUGAGCUCUUUUACUUGAAGGAGCAGUUUGCACUAUUGGAACCAAAUAAAAAUGGCACUAUAAGCUUGGAAAAUAUUAAAGCGGCUCUGAUGAAAAAUGCAACAGAUGCUAUGAAGGAGUCUCGCAUACCUGAAUUUCUAGCAUCACUAAAUGCACUUCAAUAUAGACGGAUGGACUUUGACGAAUUCUGCGCAGCUGCAUUAAGUGUUCAUCAGCUGGAGGCUCUCGAUCGGUGGGAACAACAUGCCCGUUGUGCAUAUGAACUUUUUGAGAAGGAUGGAAACAGAGCUAUUGUCAUUGAAGAGCUACCUUCGGAACUUGGACUGGGCCCAUCCGUGCCUGUUCACGCUGUCCUUCAUGACUGGAUUAGGCACACUGAUGGAAAGCUGAGUUUUCUUGGAUUUGUCAAGUUAUUGCACGGUGUAUCAAGCCGAACCCUUGCAAAAGCUCCUUAGAUUUUGUAAAACUUCAUUAGAGCUCCCAAGAAUUUGCGUCUUUCCAGAGCUGUUCUGCCUAAUAAAUGAAUGAGGUGAGGUCUUGCUAGCCUGAACAUAAUACGAGGUAGAGGGAAUUUUGCCACCGCAAUCAACGUCCCCCGAGCGCGUUAGUUUUGGCUACUUCAUCUGUUAGGCACAAGAUUUAUAAAAAACACAUGAUUGAAGCCAUGAAACCUGGUGCAAGUGCAACUUAACAUUGACAAAGCUUUAGGCAUUUAUGUUUCCCACUGUAAAGUUGUAGUUUAAAACAUGUGUUCAAUUUCAGGUGAGAAUAUUUCUCAACUGGUUGCAAGAGACUUUGAUAAUCUGACAUGUUUCGACUA